AUGGAGACACGGGUCAAUUAUGCGGUAUCAUCUUUAAGAAGUGGUUUUGAUGAUGAUGUUGGCAUGAUCGGUAUCAAGGGGAUGGGAGGUGGUGGGAAGACGACUUUGGCCAGAGCGGUUUUGAAUCAAAUAUAUAAUCAAUUUCAAGGUAAAUGCUUCAUUGAGAAUGUAAGUAGUGUUCAUGAUGGGAAAAACAUCAUCAAGAGGCUGAUGCGUAGUAGAAAGGUCCUUGUUGUUCUAGAUGAUGUGGACCAUAUAGACCAGCUUGAGGCAUUAGUCGGUGAGUCGAAUUGGUUUAAACCGGGAAGUACAGUUAUCUUCACAACAAGAGAUGAGCAAGUUCUUGUAGCACACGGAAUGAAGUUGAUUUGUAAUGUCAAACUGUUAUCCGAUACAGAAGGAAUUUGCCUCUUCAAUAGGUAUGCAUUUGGGAGAGUGAUUCCAAUUGAAAGGUAUACACGACUAUCAAAACAAGUCAUACAUUAUGCUGGUGGUCUUCCUUUGACAAUAAGAGUUUUGGGUUCGUUUCUUUGUGGUAAAAAUGAGCUUGAAUGGAUGGAUGCCAUAGAAAGGCUAAAAAUAAUUCCAUUAAUGGAAACUAUGAAAAAGUUGGAAUUAAGCUAUAUAGGUCUAGAGGAGGAUUACAAAGAAAUAUUUUUGGAUGUCGCAUGCUUGCUGCAAGGUGAGCCAAAACAUUUGGCACUAGAAGCACUUGAAAGCUAUGGAUUUUACGCUAGAAAUGGUUUAAGAGUUCUUGAGCAAAGAUCUCUCAUAACCAUUGAUGGUAAGCAUAUGGGCAUGCAUGACUAUAUUUAG